AUGACAGAGAAUUUUGACUUCGAGGCAUUUUAUUACGAUGAAAAGGCACGGGUGACACACCUAGAAAACGCUCUGAACACCGCGCUCCUUACGCUUGCGAGCGAGAUAGCAGCUUUCCGUAACAUAGCGAAGGUCACCCCAAUCCUCAAGAGCGUCCGCGACAUCAUCGCCCGCAUUUCGGAGGUUCAGAACGGGAACUUCUCAGAAGGUAUCAUGGCUUGGAUGAGUCGAGAAGUCCAAUACAUUCUCAAGCAAUGGAGCCAGAGCGAGGAUAACGCAAAUACCAUCACGAGUUUCAACAACGGUCUUGAUAUCUACCACCGUAACGAGGCCGCGAUGGACAAAAUUGGUGUAAACGAUUUAUAA